UGUUAGCCUGUAGUAGUAGCCACAGCCACGCUCACUUUCUCCCUCUACUUGGAUAUUUGGUGUCGUGUUCAGCCACACACGCAGGAAAAUAACCUGUUGUAAAGGUUUUAAACGUUACGUCGAGCUUCAGUCGUUACUAAUGGAGGAAGCUUUGUUUUUCAGUUAGUUUUUUUUAAACCGUCAUGGCGUGUGACGUCACACUCCACCGAGUCACCAUGCUAGGGAAGUGUUUUGGUUCGUGUGUGUGUGUGUGUGACAUGGUUAUUAUCAUCGGGUUUAACACGAGCAGAAGAUCAGAGGAGGACGUUUGUCAAGAUUCAAGACUCAUUCUGAAAGGUCAGGCUUUGGCCCAGAUCUUCAGCAACAACCAGACUACAGAGUCCUCUAUGGUGCCAGAGGCUGCCCUGGCUACACCCACACCAGACAUGGAGGACAAACCAGCUCCCGCUGGCAGCAACCGAUGCUGGGGUUACUAUGAUGUCAUGGGUCAGUGGGACCCGCCGUUCAACUGUAACGCAGGUAUCUACAUGUUCUGUUGUGGCUCCUGCUUUUAUCGCUUCUGCUGCCAGUUCAAAAUUCACAGUCUGGACCAGACUUCCUGUUCCAACUACGACACGCCUGUGUGGGCGAACACUGGGAAACCGGUGGCACCUGUCACUGAGGCUCAGCUGCCACCAGACCGGGAUCGGACCCACAUGAUCGUGUAUAUUAUCUGUGGAGUGGUGGCCAUCAUGGUGUUGAUCGGGAUUUUCACCAAGCUCGGUCUGGAGAAAAGUCAAGGAGGACAGGCUGACAUGACCAACUCCAGGACUCUGACAGAGCUUUUAAAGCAGCCAAGCGAGGCCGGAGCAGUGGACGGAACUGGGGUUCACCAUCCUUUGGGGACCAACGGCAUUUCUGCCCGGGUGAUACGCUCCAACAACGGAUUACCAGGACAACCUCAAACCUCAUCAAGAUCAGAUCACAACCAUUUGAACAAUGCAGCCUUGUCUCCGCUCGGUCCUGCCAUGGCCUUGUCUCACCCUCAUAACAACCUGGGAAUCGGCUUCAACAAGUACACAUCGCUGAAGGCUAUGGAGACGACAGCAAGGGAUUACUACAAGAGCUACCCAAUGGUAGAUUACACCCACCGCCAGUCCCCUCCCACUUUCCAGCCGAUCAACUUCCAUCCGAAGGACAAACCCUUCCUCCCGCCGCCCGACAUCCACGCGCCACUGGCCAUCACCAUCAACACCUCCCAAAUGCCCAAGCCUAAGAUUUCCAAGACCAACACCCACCCGCUCACCUCCAGCUCAGCCUUCAAAGUAUGGGACCCCAGUAAGAGCCACAUCUCACACCCGGUGGCCACGCACAUAGCCCUGCAGGGGCAGGGGCAGCAUCACCCCAUCCAGCAGCAGCACCACCAGCCGCUGCAUCAGCAGAACAGCCGUCGCCAGGCUUACUCCAACAAGAGGCAGUUUAGCAUCGAGACGCUGCCCGAGCUCUUCUCACAGCCGCUGGGCUACGGCCACUCGCCGCGCAUGCUCCCCAAGCACAAGGGACUGCCCACCAACAGCAAGACCGAAGUCACCGUCUGAACAUGAAACCCAAGUGGAGUUGUGAGGGAAGAAGUGUUCAGAUAUCAUUUAUAUAUACAUAUACAUAUAUAUAUAUAUAUAUAUAUAUAUAUAUAUAUGUGUGUGUGUGUGUGUGUGUGUAGCCGCAACGGCAAGACAAAUCCAGGAAAUAUCAUACAUGGAAGUUUUUAAACUCUGCAUUAUUUUCAUCAUUGUUGACAACACUACUAAUAAUGUGAGUGAUAUCUGUGUUCUUUUUAAGACCACUGGAUUAAAACAGCAGCAGGUAAGCUGUGAAGGCGGUGGAUUGGCAGGUGCUGGCUGUGACUCUUUGAACCCGACAGCUCUUCUAAAUAAUUGAGUGGCCUCUCGGUGUGUUGGCACAGCUCUGUCCUACACCCCCCCCCACCUUUCUCCCCCCACAACGCAAUGACACCACACGCAAAUGUUGAAAUCACACACACACACACAGGACACAAUUUCCUCCACAAACAGACCCACACUGAGGCCGUUGUUGAGGGAGGUAGAACAGUAUUUCCCCGAAGACUUUGGGUUUCAAUCAACACAGACAAUGCCAACAGGGGAGCAAAGGAGAUGAGAAUGAUGUGAACCAGCAUAUGCACACGCACACACGCACACACACACACACGCACACACACACACACACACACACACACACUCUUACACUACUCGCCUGUCAACAAUUAUAGAGGGUUGCCAGCAGUGUCAGAGACCAACGACGCACAAACAGACACACUAGUCUAAUCUCAUUCUUGUUCUAAUGGUUUGUUGAGCAGCUAAUUCCAGCCACCAUCUUUUUGUGUCACUGCAGAUUUUUUACCUCUUAAACCACGCCCCCCCCCCCCCAGUAUGUGUGGUAAAGCCUGGGAAAAAAAAGGGGCAGAAGAAUCCAUAUAUCCAGAAAGGUCGUUAUAAAGUCAUCGCGUUCCCUUUUCUCUUUCCCCGUCUCACUUCUCCACACCGAGCUUCACAGAGGGGACUUUGUUUGUGUCAGAGAAAAUGUCAGCAGUGCUGCAUGUGGGCACCGAGUCAGUGUAACUCAAGAGUAUAUAUCAUGUACAUCCUCGAAACAACCACUUCACUGUUUCCUGACAACAUAUAUAUAUUGAUUUGCAAAGCAACUGUGUCAUAAUCAGACACUAAUGAUCUACACCACGGUCUGUGUGUGUGUGUGUGUGUCUCUGUGUGUGUGUGUGUGUGAAGAGAAAGCAGUGCUGCAUUGCAAAAACACAGGCUCUCAAUAUGGCGAGUCCUAAACACAGCUGUGUGAUGUAUGUGUUUACUGCCGCAGCGCUAAUAUAAUCUGAGAGGCUGAAACUACUUGUCAGUGCACUGCAAUUUACUCCACUCUGUGUUAAUGAAGUGCUUUAACACUCACAGUGACUGCCUGCAACUAAACAAAGGGCAGUUCCUGAACGGGAUCCAUUCAAACAACAGCUCCUUUCUUCCAGAAAAGAAAGGAGAUUGGUUUGAAUUUUGUUAUAGAAUAGAACAGAAAGAACCUCAAUGUCCAAAAAGGUGGAAAUUUCCCUUCGGCUCGCCAACAUAAAAUCAUAAAAGGAGACGCAGAAAGUCAUCAAAUCAGCACACAGUUAAAAUAACGUAAGAGAUAGAAAUAAGAGACAUUUAGAAAAGACAGGAGAAAGAGAAAGGAGCAACAGCAAACCAAUUAUAGGAGUUAAGAUUGUUGCACUUGAAAUUAUGGAUUUUUUUUUUGUCCUCGCUGUUCUUUCUGUAAAAAGUCGAGUCAAAGAUAUUUGGGGUUUAUUUUGGUAUGACAUGGACACAAUAACAAUAUAUAUAUAAACAUUAUUGAACUUAACAAUGCAUUUUUGUAAUGUUUUUACACUCUUGCUUGGGAUUGUGCUCAGCUUUGCCUGCUUUCUUUUUUGAUGUUUUUUGAUAGAUUUGUGCCCACUAGUUUCAGAGGUCACCUCACUAACUAUAUUUACAGCUGGCCUAUUUUUCAAGGUGAGCAGUGACAAGGGGUGUACCAGGAUUGUCUCUCAGAAUAUUGUAGUUGUCCUGUAGAUGUCUCGGUUCUUCAACUUUCUUUUCCCAUCAUAUUACCGUCACUGAAGAGGUCAAGUUUUUGGGCACAUUUGUAUAGCUCAGAAAGUAAAGGACAGAUCUUUAUAAACUUUUCUGGGGAUGUUUGUUAUGGAUAUCAUUUUGGUGCACCGUCGUGCAGACGGUGUGAGAAACUGAGCGGUCUUGGAGGAAGUUUGCGCUCCUUGAGUUAAGUGAAAGUGAAAUGACUGUGAUGGCCGUUCUUGGAAAAGUAGUUACGCUUAUUUGAAAUGCUGUUUGCAUUUUUCCGAUUUAUAUAACGUCCUCUACCCCCCCAAAUUUCAUAAGGUGUCAGUUUUAAAUGUAAUAAAUAUACAAAGAUGAGACAUAAAUAUCUCUUUAAGGCCACAUUUUAGGGAGUUGGGUUGAGUCACACAAGUGCUGUAAUGAGUUAUGACAAAAAGAACCUUUGUUGACAAGUAAUUAAUAAUUUCUCGAAAAUUCCACAUUGCUCUCAGCUGUCAAAAUGCCUCCACAACACAUUCUCUCAUUUCCACUGCUCAGAACAGUGAGACUUGCUGAUUGAAUUCACCUUCAUUUGUUAUCAUGAGGGCAGCAGAUAAGCUGCGGUGCAUAUGCCAGGCACAUGCUACGGCACAUCAGACAGGCGGUGGAACCUAAUCAAACAGUGGCGCUUACCAGUCACACACCAUUUAGCACUUUCUCUUCUCGCCCUCUUUUUUUUGGCUCUCUCUUUUUUUUGGCUCUCAAAUCUUUGUUUCAUUUCCUCUGCUCGCGAACAGACUGUCAUCUGGCCCUCACCCUCCCUCUGCGUGCGUCUGAGAACAUCCAUCCCCACAGAGGGUUGAGUGAUAGGUCCUAAGCAUUUGUCAGAUUUUUUGGAACCCAAUGCCCCGUGAUAGUCUCACCAGAACCUCUUAGCAUGUGUGUUUGCAUGCAUCUCUGUGUGUGUGUGUGUGUGUGAGAUGAGGAUGGGGUAUAAUUAAUGACAGAGUCCAUCGCGGCGUGUCAGGCUCCAGAUUGCCUCCUUGGUGCAGCCCUCACAAGCAGCAUUUGCACUCAAUAAACACGUAAAGCAGAAAACACACAGCAAGCAACACAAACUCAGACUGGGACAUAAAUGACCAGAUGCUUUGCAAUACAUUAUUCACAUCUUGAGAGUUUCCAGUGCCAGCCCCAAAAUGAACCUUGCGGAAUUUAUGUAACAGAUAUUUUAAUUUGCAAGCAGAAAUGUCAAUCUCCCCCAAAAUGUUCUCAGUUUGCGUCUCGGUCUGAUGGAGCAGUGCAUGUACACAAGCCAAUAAAAUGAGCUGCAGAGUUAAACUUUCAUGAGCGAGAGAAUAAAUUAGCAAUAUAAUGCGCAUUUCCAAUGCCGCAAUGGCUUCUCCACUUUACCUCCAAGAUGGGGAAAACCUGUUAAGUAAGCUGUUGGAUCGCUGCUCCGUGCUGCUGGCACGCUUUCGUAAUAAGGGCUCAGCGGAGAAUGGGGAUCAUAAAUACAAAAGCAUCAGUGGGAUAUGCACGGUGUGAAGAUGCAUUAAAUGCAUGUGCUGUUUGUGCUCCUUGCCAGUGCUGCACAGUAUGUAAUGUGCCACGUUGCAGGCUCUACGGCUUCCCUGUCUCUUUGACUUUUAUCCCCACGAGGUGCCACACUCUCAGUGGGUCACUUCACUUGAAAAGCUUUCUGGUCCCCGACCUAAAUGUUCACUGGGGUCUAUCCUUAAUCACUCGAAAUGCAUUAGAGCUUGAGAACAAACAAGGGACGACAGUGAGUAGACGAGCAAUAUGUAAAGCAAUAAGUGUCCAACCGUCCUCACAGCCGGUGCGUUUCAGUGAAGAGCGGAGUAGCUCGACUGCUCCGUUUAAUUGGACUUCUGUCCUCGUCCCAGCCCAGUAUACAAACACUCGGGGCUAUUGACAGCCUCCGCGACACAAGGUGGCGAUAUGCUUCCUUUCAGCUUGUUAGUAUUACAAGUUUUGCAGUGAACAUUAAACUACAGACCAAAAACAGCUUUGGAUCGUUGCAAGUCGAGCGCUCACUGUCUUUGUGCCGUCAACAUUUUUAAUUCCUCGGUCCAAAGUUUGCCAUGUUUUUCUUACUGUUGUCUUCUUCUUAUAUUUACUGUCAUCUUUUAUUUUCGGGUCAAAGCGAAGGGGGCGGCGACUGCGGAGCAUGCACGGAGCACCCAGGCCAGCUUGAGUCCGACUUAACGCAUACGUGCAGUAGUAAUUGAACUCCCACUUGCAUUAUGUGGGUCCGACUUUGCAAGGAAUCCUUCUCAGUGCGAUUUCAGUCGGAGCUAACAUGUUACCAUGUACUUUAAAAAGUCCAGUUUUAGUGAGACUAAAAUGAUUCCGUCAUGUAAAUGUCAUUAUAUCUCCGUCUGUUUGUCUGGAGUCCUUCACAGAGUCGAGCGCGAGGGUGCAGCUAAGGGUGGAGGUGUGUUACCAAGAGUGAUCUCUGCAGACAAUGGAGAUGAGACAGAAAAGAGGAAAAUGUUUGCAUGAGCUCAGGUGAUAUGGUGACAGUUGUUUUUCAUUCAGAUAAAAACUAUAAAUUCUGUCUUUUAUCUCUCCGAUUUUCCAUCUCUUAAAGCAUUCUGUGACUUAAGUUUAAAGGGAAAGUUGAUCUUUUCUGUGAAUUGCACAGCAGUUCCACCAUCGAAGUUAUUGUUGUUGGGUCUCCAUUCACACUCCCUAAACACGGCUGGCCUCUGGGGUUGUAAUUCUAUCGCUAUCUGAUCUGUCUUUACCGCAAGGGCAACGCUGGCGCACUGGAUUUACAGUUAAUAAGUGAAGUUCUUCACAACAAACAGGAGCUGAGGACAGGCUACCAGCAAAGAUAAAGAGUCUCACAAGUCUUUUUUUUCCCCUCAACUUUCUUCACUUUGUCUCGUCUAACAUGGCUGACGGAGGUAAAGCAGGCACCGCGAGCGGUGGAUUCUUCUUUGGGACAUCUGCAUCGGAGGUGCCGUAAUCACACAAAGAAAUCACGCUGAUGUUCUGGAAAACAGUGACACAUUUUCCAGUGUUAAUUUCCCCGUGGUCAUACAUCUUGGAUCUAGGAUUCUUUUUCCUCCUUCGAUGCUGGAUGGACUUUUAUGACUCCCUUCAGGCAAACAGUGCCUGGAAACAACAGCAGGUGAAACUAAAUAAAUUAGACAGAAAAAGCCUCUAAAGAACCACAGUUUUGCCUCUAUCAUGGAAGAUGUAAAUACUUGAACACCUGCACAAACAUGUACACGCACGCACACACACACACACACAGGAAGCGAGGAGCCACAGAGGUGUAAUACUAAUUAUAUCUUCCAUACAAUGUCCACACAUUUGUGGUAUGAAACAGGACCAAAAGCCUUGAAUCAGGAGAAACUGAGUACACCUAACUGAUGCUUAAACAUCCAAAAGAGUAAGAAUGCUGAGACUGUUUUGGAUCAUCACCUUAGAGUGCAUUUACUCAAUCUCUCCUGAUUUUUAACAGACUAUGGCAUUGCUUGCUCUUCGCAGAGCUAACUGACUGUUGUUUGUAAAACUUCCUAUAUAAAAAGAAACAAUGCAAGUAUUCUACCGCAGGUUACCUGAAUGCAACCUGGUAGACAUACUUGGGCUCCAUGAUCCUUAGCAAUAUAUAGAUUAUUGUGUAUGGUUCAGUUGUUUCUUUGUUCCCUGUCAUAUUGUUUUUGUACUGUUUUUUUUUGUUGUUGUUGUUGUUGUUUUCUAAAGACUGCGCUUCUGUCAAAAAUCAUUUCAUUUGACCAAUGGAAAGUGCUUCCAGAUUUUCGACUCAUCGUCCCUCGGCCCCAGUUCCUCCCCCCAACUCCCUUACCGUCCGAGUUCCAUUUUAUAGUAUACAUGAAUACAUGUAUUUAAUGUUAAACGAUAUUGCAUUUUAUCCAACACACUGGCUGAAAGAAAAAAAGGACCAUUCAGUGAUUUCUUGUACAGCUUUUGCAUCUGCAAAAAUUGAAAAAAAAAAAAAAAAAAAAAAACUCAUGCUUUGUUUCAUGGUAAUUUGUAACAGGCAGCGAUAGGCUGCCUUGGAUUGCUAAGUACUACUUGUGUAUAUGUAUGCUGUGCCACUUGUCUGCUGUGAAAUUUGUUGACUACUCAGCUUAUAUAAGGGCUUUUUAUAGAUAUGAAAGCAGACGAGGCAAACCGACAUCACUCUCUGUAACACGAGACAUUUUUUUUGAGACAAAUUGAAUUUUCAUGCAUUACGAAAAGCUAUACGAAUAAAGCUUUGACGGACUGAAAUGUCUAUAGGCACUCAUACAACAUUG